UAGUGGCAAUGUAAGUGUGAUCAAUGUUGAUAAAAACAAUAAAUAUGAUAAACCGCACGGACAAUUACAUGUUUUUUGCAUCAUGCAGCGACAUGGCGAUGAUGAUGAUGAUAUGGAUAUAGAUGAUUCAUUUGUUGAAAGUGCACUCCGGGUAUGUUUUUAUAAAAAUAGGAGAAGAAAUGACGUAAUAACCAUAUGAGCGCUUACAUGUAUUUUUUUGAAAUGUGCGCAGAUGAACGAGAACGGGGACUUUGUGAGGAAUAUUGUGGACGAUGAAAGUGACAAAUCGCACGUUGAUGCAUCUCAUGAUGACAGCUCCAGCAAAGGAGAUGUAGAUGGUCCAAGCGGGAAGGAUGAGCAUGUUGGUGAUGAUAUGUUUAAUUUUGACACCGGAUUUGAUGAAUAUCAGCAAGAAUCAUUGGACAGGCAUUGGAAGGUGAUGAGGAAGACGUUCAGGUCACUAGGAGAGGCUUACAUUUUCUAUAACCAGUAUGCUUACGAGCGUGGUUUCAGCUUAAGAAAGGACUCGCUGAAAUAUUCGAACGGUCCUGAGGGAACUAUGCGCUUGAGAAAGUAUCUGUGUGCGAGAGCUGGGAAACGACAGGCAAAACUUUGUAAACAAUGGAAGGCAGGACCCGCAGGCUCAGAGGGGAGACUCGUUGCUUCUGCGAUGCGCAUAUAACUUUGAAACUUGAUAAAGAGCGUGACGUUUGGUAUGUCAGCAGUUUCAGUGAUGAUCACAGUCACGUUCUAGCUAGACCGGAUGAAGUCACGUUUCUUCGGUCUCAUAAUCAGAUAAAAGAAUAUCAGAAAGCUGAGAUCUUAACUAUGGGAGGUGCUGGAAUCAGGAAACAUAUGAUUUAUGAUACUCUUGUCAGUAGGUACGGGCCAUAUGCAAAGGCUGGUUUUGGGAGGAAGAAGCUUUAUAACAUGUGUUAUAGAGAAAAAAUGAAGUUGCUUUCACAAGGUGAUGCAGACAUUGCCAUUGGGAUCAUGAUGACCAGAAGAGAGAGGGAUCCAGAUUUCUUCUUUGAGCACACCGUCGAUGAUGAAGGAAGGCUGAAAAACCUAUUCUGGUGUGAUUCUCAAUCACGUCGAGACUAUGUUGACUACGGUGAUGUGACGGUCUUCAACAGCAUAUACAGGAUGAAUAGGUAUGGCAUGCCAUUUAUACCUUUUGUCGGUCUGAACAACCACCGUUGCACCACGGUAUUCGGUUGUGCUCUUGUGUCUGACGAGACAGAAGAUACAUAUGUCUGGCUGCUUCAGACGUUUUUGAGGGCUCACUGUCAGAAUCGGCCCAGGUCAGUAAUUACUGAUGGAGAUGCAGCUAUGAUUAAGGCCAUCAGAAAGGUACUUUCGGAGGUUUGGCAUCGUCUUUGCUCGUGGCAUAUUGAGAAGAACAUGCAGAAACACCUUCAUCAUAAGUCUCUAAAGGAGUUCAGGUCUCUACUUUAUUAUGCCACUUCAAGAAAAGUAUUUGAGGAGAGAUGGGCAGCGUUUACCGCCAAAUGGCAGUCGGAGAAAACAAAGACAUGGUUACAUAGGAUGUACAAGAAGAAAAGGCUUUGGGCCGCAUCAUAUCUGUCUGGUGGGUUCUUCCUAGGUAUGCGAAGUAACCAGCGAAGUGAGAGUCUGAAUUCAUGUCUUCACUUGCAUCUAGACUCCGGUAUGACUAUUGUUGAUAUGAUUGUGCACUAUGAGAACUGCAUAGUUCCUCUCCGUGAGAACGAGGCGCAUGACGAUUACACAAACUCACAGGCAGUCCCAGUACCAGUAUUGGACGAGUGUAAAGAUAUUGAGAAAUCAGCUGCCCGUUUGUUCACUUUGGCAAACUUUUAUAUCUUACAGGAAGAUAUGAAGAAGGCACGGGAGCUUGAGGUCCUUGAGAGACUGAGAGGAGCAGACACUCACAGAUUCAUACUGACAUGGAAGGAAAAUAGGGAUAUCAGCUUCACUGUGGACUACACCCCAGGUAACUCUGAAGAAACCGUGAAGUGCAGUUGCAGAAGUAUGGAUCACAAAGGACUUCCUUGCAAACAUAUUCUUCACGUUCUGAUUCAGCUACGCUUUACGUGAGAUACCUAAGUGUUUAGUACUGCGGAGGUUGAGCCAAGUUGCAAGGGGUGGACUUCUCGUGAAGCGCACUAGCGAUCUGUUUGCGUGGGGGUGGGCAGGUGUAGGGGACAGAGCUAGGUACAGCGAGUUGACUAUCUUAUCUGCCGAAGAACUCAUAAAGCAUGCCAUAGACCAUUUUUAUUCGAUAAGUUCAAGGCGGCUCUGAGGGACAUAAUAGAUAAUGAUUACACUAAGGAGGAUGAGCCUGGUGCGGAGAAAAAGUUUGUGAACGAUGAUGCAUUUGAGCCUAAUCAAGAUCAUGUUCUGGUUCGUGAUCCCGCAAAAGUUAACACCAAAGGCGCACCAAAACAGAAUGUUAAAGGCCGCGGUAAGGUGGUCCUGAUGUGACUAAAAAUGGGCGACCUAAAGCUUUUGAUGAGAAAAGCAAACGUCAAUGUGGCCAGUGCGGUCUUACUGGUCAUUAUAAGUCCACGUGCCCUCAAAAUCCUGAGAACUUUGCUUGAUUUCUGGAGUAUGGAAGAUUGCUCGUCCUUUGAUUGAAGACAGUUUUCUGAUGGAUUGCUAGUGUCUAUGAGAUCUUUUUUAAUUGUUAGAUUAUGGUAUAUGACACUUAUUUUACUUUGUUGAUGUCAGACAUUGUUUAUGUCAGACUAUUUGCUAAGAUACCCAUAUAUGUAUUUGUUGAUGACAGACUAUGUUAUGCAAGAAGUAUUUUCACUCUGUUUAUUUUGAUGUGUUCAUUAUGCACUGUAGUGCUGUCAUUGUUUGUUUUUCUGCACUGUCACUGUCGCUUAUAACACCGUCGUUUUUAGCUUCUUUUUUUUAAAGGCCCGACAAGUGCGCCGGCCAGUCUGACAUUACACAGAAUGGACCGACGGCACUGUCCCACAGGGCAGCGUCGGACGGCGGUAGCAUAGCGGGUUAUUCAGAGGAGUUCGACUGCCUCUGUGGCGUCGGGUAUAUAAGCAGGUCGUCACGCGCUCCAUCGGGCGAGGUCGUCCAGUUCCUCAUCAAGGGGCUCAACAGCGCUAACGGAUCAUACUGCGGACCGGUCAUUGGCUGCACCUUCUCCCAAUAUAGAUACUGCAAAACAAAAAAAAUCACUUAUCACGUGUUACACUAUUAUUACAUAAUACAAAUUUUCAACUUAAGAAAUAUAUCAUACCUGCAGAAGUGCUAGGUCACAUAUUAAUGGUCACAUAUGAUCCUAGUAAUCUAUUCAUCCACUCGCCU